CAGGAAAAGACCUGCAGACAGGCGUUGCAGGCACUGUGUGAGCUAGCUCUCAUUUGCUCUAUGUGAGUUCAACCACCUUUGCUGCCUGCCACGGUUCGGUGUGCACGAGCCACUUACUGCGCAUCAAUGGCUGGAGAGGAACUGGGUGACGCAGUGAGCCACCUGGUGAGCCAGCAUUUGAAGGACUUGGAAGACGCCGUUUCAGCAAGUGAACGCUACAUCGAGGAGUUUAAGGCUACGAAACGCAGCACCUUCGUGCCGAACCCAGAGCAGUUGGCGGUGGCGGAGGAGGUCCUACGAGAGGUCUUAGAGGAGCACGAGCGGAGGUGGGCUGAGCUGAAGGCAGGAGUUGACUAUGUGCAUGAGAAGCUCAAGCAGAGCUUUCAGCACUUGACCUCCUUGUUGGGAAGGCUUCCUGACGCUGCCCUAUCCGUCCUGGAUGAGUUUGGCAAGCGUGUGGGUCAUUUGGAAGAUGAAGUGGCCACAUUGGCAUUGCAAGCGGAACAGCUCUCACAGCGUGUUUCGCAAGAGCAGCUGCAGCGCUGGGGUGUGACCUUGAACUUCGGCGAUGCCUUGGCUCCAUCAGAGGAAAUUGCUAAAGACGCCUUGGAGUGGGGGAAGAUCUCACAAGGAGCUUUGCUGGAAGCUUUAAGGCAAUUGAAGAUGGGAAAGGUCAGACCUGGCAGAAGACGAGGAAGCAAAUGUAUUGAAGAAGGAGCAGAUGUCACCUUCGGUCUAUACACCACUGGCCAGCAGGGGAAUGCUUCGAUCACGAAUGGCUUCCGAGAGAAUCCGUACCUUGUCCGUCUUCUGACGGCCUACUUCCGACGGCACUGCGAGCAAGCUGGCGUCCAGGCUUUCCUCACUUCCAUCACUGUCAGCAAGGAUUUGAAAUUGACCGAUGACAACCUGGGUUUGGGUAUGUUGAUGUCGCUGGGGUCUUUCUGUGGCGGCGGCUUGCAUAUUGACAAGCAUGGCCAGGUGGACGAAGACGAAGAAGACCGAGAAGAGGUUUUGAAGGUCUCUGAAAGGGUCACCAAGGCCGCCAAGGAUUAUGAACCUGGUGAAGAGGUGGUGGGUGUCGUCCUGAAGACCCAUGGAAUCAUGAGAGAGUUCAAUGCCUUUUACUUGCACAAACCGGAAGCGUGGACGCCCAAAGACGGCCAAUGUGAACGCUUUACCAUCACUUGGUACGUGUCACGUGCUGUGACCUUGGAGCUGGGCCGCACGCAUCGUGACAAGCUCGCCCGUGAGUUGGAGCAAGCAGGAAUGAUCUGGCCCAGUGAGGACCACAUUCAACGCUGCAAGACCAUGCGCUAUAGGGACAUGCAGUACAAGCAGGCAUGCAGGCCGCUGAGGCCUCUCCGGCUCACGCCAGCCCCUCACAUCGCCGAGUCCGCAAUGGUGUUGCACGAGGACGAGCAGGACAAGCAGACGGACGCUGCAAGGCAAGCACUGGUCAAGAUCCCUAAGCCCAAGCGUGCGCGAGUCUUCCAAAAGCCGGUUGCCAAGAAAGCUGUCAAGAAAGCGCCAAAGGCUGCUGCGAAAGUGAAGAAGCAGACAAAGCAACCAAAGAAGCAGCCGAAGAUGGAUGAAGAGCUGCGGAAGCAAUUGCACCGAGUGUACUCGCAAGGCUGGCACACGGCGAGGAGGAAGAAUCCUAAAGCCGGCCAAGCUUUCUUCAAAGCUCGAGCAGCGGCUGCGCGCAAGAAGUGGAUUCUUCAGACGCCAGCAGCCCGGCGCAGCGAGGUGGCGCGGAGGUUCCUGUGAGUCGCCGCACCCAAUGCACCGCCGGCGCGCCCAAUGUGGGAACGUACCCGGCGUGCUCAUAGAAGAUGCCAUUGUGCCAAUGAACAACCAAUAAUUCAAGCGCGAGCUUGGCUCCGUAGAUAGUGGCUUUCUGCCUUUUCAGUUGCCAU